GGGCGGCACGCGGCUGGAAGGCGGGUCUGUUCAGCGGGGUGGGGGAGGGGAUCAGGCGUAGCAGGGCUACAGGGGGCGCCACGUAGUGCCGCGGCCUUCAAGGUGCUCAUCUCGGUUCGUGGGGCUUGGGCGGAACGCGGAAACCACCUUCGCGCCGGACCGGCGGCAGUAUUGGGACGUGGGGCGCCGCAGACGAGUUGGUCGCGGGCACGUCCGGACUCGUGAAGCCGCGUCUCACGAAGCAUUCUGGGACUUGUAGUCCUCGAGAUGGACCGAGUAGUGCCACAAGCGGUUCCUCUGGGUCAGAUGGAGGUGUUUCAGGCCCUGCAGCGGCUGCACAUGACUGUCUUCUCCCAGAGUGUGUCCCCCUGUGGGAAGUUCCUUGCGGCAGGCAACAAUUACGGGCAGAUUGCCAUCUUCAGCUUGUCCGCUGCUUUGAGCUCCGAGGCUAAAGAGGAAAGUAAGAAGCCUGUGGUGACCUUCCAAGCCCAUGAUGGGCCCGUCUACAGCAUGGUGUCCACCGAUCGACAGCUAGUCAGUGCCGGGGAUGGGGAGGUAAAGGCCUGGCUGUGGGCAGAGAUCCUCAAGAAGGGCAGCAAGGAGCUGUGGCGUUGUCAGCCACCAUACAGGACCAGCCUGGAAGUGCCUGAAAUCAAUUCUUUGCUGCUCGUCCCCAAGGAGAAUUCUCUUAUCCUGGCUGGGGGAGACUGUCAGCUACACACUAUGGACCUUGAGACUGGGGCCUUCACGCGGGCCCUCCGGGGCCAUACGGACUACAUCCACUGCCUGGCGCUGCGGGAGCGGAGCCCCGAGGUGCUUUCGGGUGGUGAGGAUGGGGCCGUGCGGCUUUGGGACCUCCGCACAGCCAAGGAGGUACAGACAAUCGAGGUCUAUAAGCACGAGGUGAGGCCAUGCCCCAGCCCCAUCCUCCUUGCUCUUCCCCAGCUUCUCUGUAUUCGCAACUCUCUUCUUCCUCCCUCUAGGAGUGCUCCAGGCCCCACAACGGGCGCUGGAUCGGAUGCUUGGCAACCGACUCAGACUGGAUGGGACCCCUGCCUUUCUGGCCAGGUCUGUGGAGGGGGCCCAGCACUCACCCUUUGGCACCUGCGGUCCUCUACACCCACCACCAUCUUCCCCAUGCGGGCGCCACAGAAGCACGUCACCUUCUACCAGGACCUGAUUCUAUCUGCCGGCCAGGGCCCCUGUGUCAACCAAUGGCAGCUGAGCGGGGAGCUCAAGGCCCAGGUACCAGGCUCUUCCCCGGGGCUGCUCAGCCUCAGCCUCAACCAGCAGCCAGCGGCUCCUGAGUGCAAGGUCCUGACAGCUGCAGGCAACAGCUGCCGGGUGGAUGUCUUCACCAAUCUGGGCUACCGUGCAUUCUCCCUGUCCUUCUGACCCACCAACACACCCUUCACCCCAGGAGUUUG